AUGCAGGCAGCCAGAGACGUGUUCCCCACCAACUGGAGCCCACCGCCUGUAGAGUUCCUGAUCCCAAGGGUGGGCCCCCAGGGCCUGAAGAGACCGGCUCAGUGGCCACCCAAGGAGUUGGAGCAGGAGCCCCUGGACUCAGACCCCAGUGAGGGCCUGGACUCACUCAAGGAGCUGUUCUGGAACAUGGCAGGCCCGAGCCUGCAGGCCACGGCUCCAGAGCUCACCUCCGGGGGCUCAGAAAGUUAUGUCAACAACUUAGAUUACUUACUACAGGAGAAGAGGGAGCAGGCCCUGGAGCAGGAGCGAGAGAAGCUGCUUCUGCAGGACUGUCCUGGUCUCAACUCCUUGGGUCUUGAUGAAGAUGAAGUGCCACUCACACCCGAGCACAGGAUGCUGGUGGAGAGGUUCUCCAUGUCACUGCAGGACAUCCCGCCAGUACAUCCAGGCGAGACUGUGUUUCUGCUCAGGCAUCACCCCCUGCCAUGCAUCCUGGACUGUUCACACCUAAAGCCACGCAGCCACCUGGAAGGGCUCUUCCUCAGCGCACCACCAGCCCAGCAGCUCUCCUUCCUGCACAGCGGCCUCCUGAGCAACCUCUACCUGCACAUGCCUGACUGCCCGGUGCCCCUGCUGCAGUGGCUGUUCCAGCUGCUGACAUGGCCUCCAGAAACUUCUUCGGGAGCCUUUGAUCUUCUGUGGGAUCUCAGCGUGGAUGGGCUCUUCCAGCAGUAUGAUGAAGACAUGCGCUUGUGGUGCCCCUCACUGAGAGAGGUCAUGAAGGUGUUCCACAGCCUGGGAGCCCACAGCCCUGCUCUGUACCCCCUAGGGUCCUUCCAGCACGGUGGCGGAGUGCUUACAUGUGAGGCUGACCUGAGCUGGGAUAAGCAGCAGGACACUCCCCAGGAGGUUGCCCUGGACAUUAGCCUGAACUACAUCUAUAAGUUCCUGAUGCUGUGCACCCUGGCCCAGCCAUGGGCCUACACUGACAGGGAUCUCUUGGGCCUGAUCGAGCUGCUGUGCCACACAGGCCUGGACGUGGGGCUCCGCCUGCUGCCCAAGACUGAUCUCCAGCAGCUACUGCUCCUGCUCCUCGAGAACAUCCAGGAGUGGCCGGGGAAGCUCCAGCAGCUGUGCUGUGGCCUGAGCUGGGUGUCCAACCACCACCACAACCUGCUGGCCCUCGUGCAGUUCUUCCUGGACGUGACCUCCCGGAGCAGGCAACUUCGAAGCCAUCUCAGCCUCGUGGUCAUUGCCCGAAUGCUGGGCCAGCAAGAGACGCUGCCUCUCUGGCAAGAGAAGACCCAGCUGUCUUCACUCAGCCGGCUCCUGAGCCUUAUGAGGCCAUCAUCCCUCAGGCAGUACCUGGGCUCUGAGCUCUUGCCACCCUGCCAGGAGCAACAGCCAAAGGCCAGUGCCGAGCUAGACCACAAGGUCUGCUACCUGAGCCACACCCUCCUGACGCUGGCCGGGGUGGUGGUCAGUUGCCAGGACAUUACUCCAGAACAAUGGGGUGAGCUGCAGCUGCUAUGCAUGCAGUUGGACUGUCACAUCAGCACCCAUAUCCGGGAGAGCCCCCAGGCCAUGCACUGGACCAAACUCAAGGACCUGGCUGCCCAGACCUACAUCCGUUGGCAGGAGCUACUGACCCACUGCCAGCCCCAGGCCCAGUACUUCAGCCCCUGGAAGGACAUCUAA